AUGUCAUUGAACUUCACCAACCAGCCACCUGCAUCGCGCGUACCCUAUGCCAUCCCUCAAUUGGAGGGUGAGCGCAUCACCAUCCCCGGCAGCAAAGGAGUCUUCAGGAUUCUGACCUCCGCGAAGCAAACCGGGGGUUUGAUGGCCGUGUUCACGAGCGGCGCUGUCCUUUCCGAUGCUCCCGGAUUCCACUAUCACAACCAUGCCCACGACGUAUUCCUUGUCACAAAGGGGUUCUUGAAGCUUUGGAAUGGAGACCAAUGUCGGAUAUUGGGGCCUGGUGACUUUGCCUAUGUUCCUCCGAAAGCCAUCCAUAACCCAGAGAUGAUGGGCCCGCACACAGAGCUCCAAGGGUUGAUCACCCCCGGCGAUUGGGUGGACUUCUUCAGAUACGUGUCAGAGCCAUUCGAGGGUGUACUUAUUCCCGAAGGCGACGACCGUGACCUCAAAUCCAUCCUGAUUCCCAAGGUCAUAGCUGCCAAGGAGAAAUUCGACGUCGUGUUCCAGCCCCACUACGUGGCUCCCGAGGUCACCGCAUGGACUAAGGACGAUGAAAAGUUACCAGAGGGCCCAGAAGGCUACUUCUUGCGCGCCAACACCGGCCCCAAGUGGAUUCUGGGUGGCGUUUUGUCCCGUCCCUUCGUGACUACCACGCAGAGCAGUGGUGUCUGUGCAAUUUCCAGCAUCGAGUCGUCCAAGGACUAUGGUGAGACAGCGUUCUCUAAAUAUAUGACUUUCCCUGAAGUCGACCACUGCUUCUGCGUUAUGGAAGGCGCGCUGCGAGUGGACUUGCAGGACGCAGAUAGCGCUGUUUUCCGCGAGGGCGAGACUGUGGUGAUUCCUGCCGGCCAAGCUUUUUCGCUCGGCUUCGAGAGCAAAUUUGUUAAAUUCCAUUCCUUCACCGACGGGAAUGGCAUUGAGUCAUUAAUCCAUGCUGCUGGUCAACCAUUCCAGGGGGCUGUGCUCCCUGACGCGGCGCCCGAAUAUAAUCAGUCGGAAGUGGAGUCGGCUGCGGCGCGCUUGAAUAUUGCGAUUUGA